CGUCGCCGGUGGCGUUUCUUACUGCCUUUACUUUUGUACCUAAAGACGAUUUAUAAAAAAAUAAAAUCACACUUAUUUGAGUGGCAAAGGUCGCCAUUUACGCGCUUAAAUUAUUUUAAAUAGGUAUGACUUCAAAUUGUGAUAUUUGAGCGGCAAAGUUCGCUAUAUUCGCGCUUAAAUAAUUUUAAACUUAAAAUAUGACUAAUUUGUCCGUCUUGUAUAACUCUAGACUCAAGAAACUCAAGUUUUUUAGUUGAACACGUUUGACUUCUAGUUCGGAACGCACGCGAUGGUUAUGUUAGCUCAGCUGCGGCCCGUUUACAAGCUGUUCGUAUAACGAAUUACACAAUUCAGUCCCUACAAGUGUUCGAGCGUUGAAGUCGUCCCUGGACUAUGUGGUUUUGGUGGUGUGUUUAGUGCUGCCAGGAUGGAGGGUUGGCUAGUGCUUGUGGUUGUGCUCGUGCAAUGCUUUGGGGAAGGCAGCGGGCAGUGCAGCAACGGGCAGCAGGCGAGCUUCGCGCGGUGGUCGGGCGCGAGCCCCGAGCAGGCGGCGCCGGUCUUCGUGUACGCGGCAAGCGGCGAAGAGGAGUCGCUGAUCGGAGCGUGCCUGGCGCGGUGCCGCGAGCUGCCGGUGUGCGCCGGCGUGUCGGUCGCCUACUCCCGGGGACACUGCACCGGCGUCGCCGCGGAGACGCACGAACUGCUCCGAGCGGACAACGACGUGGCCUACUUCAAGAAGAUAUGUGCUAUAGUGCCAGAAGGAUGCGCUGAGCGGUGGUGGGUCGUCGACGCCACGCCGGGGUACCACCUUCAUUCCGAGAGCAACAUAAAGGUGGUCCUGAACACUACAGCGAGGGAAUGCUACGCGCUGGUACUGAGCACCAGAGGGGACCAACUCUACAGGUCGGCGCAGUGGGUGAGCGCGGAAGGCGCCCUGGACGCCGACGCCGUCAAAACGUCCGAGUCAUCGCUCGGCAACUGCAUCCUCAACGCGGAGGACAAGUUCACGGAGCCGGAGUCCUACAGGGUUGCCAACUACUACACCUUCUAUGUCGAGAACCAGUGCAGGCACGACUAUCCCAAGAAGAUAGACCGAUGUUCCUAUGAAGAAUAUUACAACCAAACCUUGAAACACGUCGAAUUUACUUAUAGAAACUUCACCAAAGACGAGUGCAAGAGUGCCUGUGAGUCAGAGUCGCGUUUCGUCUGCCGCGGGUUCACGUGGCAGGCUCGGCCGGGCUCGGCCGGCGGGCGCGGCGAGGCAGGCAACCCCGGUGCCCGCGGCCUGUGCGACCUGCACUCGGAAGACCUGGUGUCCACGGGCUCGUGGCUGCUGCGCCGCGCAAAUCAUGCUGUCUACUACCGCCGUGUCAUCUGUCUUAAUAUAAGCGUAGACUGCUCAGACGACUCGCUGAUAGUGACAUACCGCCCGCGCGGGCAGUUCCGCGGGCGGAUCUACGUCCCGGGCCGCGGCGAGGGCUGCGGCGUGCGCGGCGGCGGCGGCGCCGUACGGCUCCAGUUGCCUCUGUACGGCGACUGUGAUGUCAACUUCGCGCAUGCCAUAUCGCACACGCCUACCGGAGUUGUUAAUAGGACUAUGGCCUACGUGAUGGUAAUGAUCCAAAACAACCCGAUCAUCCAAACGGCGGGCGACCGCUGGGUGCGCGUGGGCUGCGCGCCGGGCGAGCGCGCCGCCGCCGGCCCAAAACACGUCAACGCCGCCGUCGCUGUAAAGGAUACUGGUCGUCCAUCUGAGCCGAGUAGCGGCGCGCCGUUGCCGGCGUCGGCGAGCACGGUGUACGGCGGCGGCGCGCCGGUCUCCAUGUACGUGGUCCGCGCCGCGCAGGACGCGCCGCCCGCCGCCGCCGUCUCGCUCGGCGAGCCUUUGGAGAUGCGCAUUGAGUCCACGGAAGACGCCGAAAUCGAAGCUUACCACUUGGUAGCGUCAUCGAGACUCGGAGACAGCUCCGUCCUAUUGCUUGACAGCAGAGGGUGUCCUACCGGACAGGUGGACUUCCCCGCGUUCACACGCAGCGUGUCGGGCGGCACGCAGCGGUUGUCGGCGCGGUUCAAGGCGUUCCGCUUCCCCACGUCGCACGUCGUGCGGUUCGCUCUGAUGGUGCGGUUCUGCGACAAAACGUGUGACCCGGUGAACUGCAUCCAGCCAUCAGCCCGCAAAGCGCGCAUGAGCGUGUCCAACGCCACGUUCUCUUGGGACGACGGCGACGGCGUGGCGGCGCGGGGCGCGGACGGCGCGGACGGCGCGAACGGCGCGGACGGCGCGUGGGGCGUGGUGGCGCAGGGCGGCGCGGCGCCGUGCCUGUCCGCCGCCGGCCGCUUGCCGCUCGAGCUCGAGAUGGUGGUCGGCUCCGGGGAUGUGGUGUCGGCUGACACUAUGGUGCGGGCUGACCAUCGGUCUAACAUACCAGAGGAGCCCCGCGAGCUCCACAGCGGGCUGGUGUGCGUGCACGAGCUGCUGCUGGUGGCGCUGGCGCUGGCCUGGCUGGCCGUGCAGGUGCUGCUGCUGAUGGGCUGCUGCGUGCUCGUCAAGCGGUACCGUAAGCUGGCCGAGAUGAACAUGCAGAAGGACUACCAGGCCUUCGACAACAUCGGGUUCGACUCCAUGUCGACCCACCGUCGGGUCCAUUGGCCCGACCAGAAUAUCGACGUGCUGCAGUGAUGCCGACCAAAAUCAGUAAAACUAAAGUUUUUUAGAGCUUAGCUUCUACAACAUCGGGUUCGGAACCCACCGUGUGGUCGAUUGGCCCCACCGGAAUAUCGACGUGCGUCUUUCAAUAAUGUAGACCUAAUUCUGUAGGCACCUAACGAGGUCUUAUGGUCUGGCCGCGUAGCUGAAUGGCAUUUCUGCGAUGCUAAAUGCCGAAGAAAUGUAGUCUGGCUCUGUCGCACCAAUACGCAAGAGCGAUAGAGGUAGAUAGCUACGAAAUAGAUAUAAUCGUGAGCGUUUCGUGAGCCUUUGUGCAUUCGGCUACGCCCACUGAUCACUUGUACUUGUAACAAAGUUGUUUAAUUGCAUAUCAGGUGAAUUUGAACGCGUGUACACAAUUGUACACGCGUCGCAUCGUAAAUGUU